AGGGGUGGACCAUGCAUUUUUUAUUUUUUUUAUUUUUUUUUUACCACGACGACGCAUUGAAAGAAGUGGGUGAUGCGAACAACGUCAGUCUCACUUCAAACGACCUGCAAGCAGUGUUAACUACUGGCAUAUGUCGACGUAGCAAGACCUGGUAAACUUCAACCGGGGUCCGGGAGUGACAAGCAAACAGCUUGGAGGAAGCACGCUAUGCCUUUUUUCCAUGAAGACUUGUCUUUGCCAUCACGGAGUGCAGAACGGCACGAGCCAGUUGACAUGAUGGGCAUCACAGAGCUUGAAGAAAUCAGGCUGGUUCUGGUUGGGAACACAGGAUCUGGCAAGAGCUCAUCAGCUAACACCAUGUUGGGCCAAAGAAAGUUCCUUGCAAAGUUGAGUGCCAGCUCAGUGACCCGGAAAUGCCAGCCUGGGAGCACUGAUCGUGCUUUUGAUGAUGACCAGAAGAGAAUGAGGAAGAUUACGGUGGUUGACAUGCCAGGCUUUGGGGACACUCACCUCAGUGAGGAGGAGAUUCAUACAGAAAUUGCUAAUUGUCUGUAUUUUACCGCUCCUGGGCCCCAUGCUUUUCUCUUGGUGGUGCCCAUUGGACGUUACACAGAUUACGAGGCCCAGGCUGUCAACCAUCUGGCUAAAAUAUUUGGAGAUGACGCUGUCAAAUACCACACAAUAGUUCUCUUUACCAAGGGAGAUGAUCUUAAAGGCAUGGAGUUUGAUGAAUACCUAAAAGAGAGUCCUGAUGGUCUUAGAGAGCUCAUUGACAAAUGCGGGGGCAGGUACCACGUGUUUAACAAUGAGGAAAACUACGGUAAUGGGACUCAGGUUCAAGAACUCAUGAUGAAGGUCGACAAGAUGGUGAAGAAGAGCAAAACAGAGUUUUACACUAACGCUAUGUUUAAAGAGGCAGAGGCAGCGAUAAGGGAAGAGCAGAAAAGGAAGCAAGAAAUGGAAUUGGAGACUAACAAUGAAGAAAGUCAGCCUGUUCCUCAAAGCAUCAGGAAGAGGAAGUUGCAUCUGAGGCAACAUCAGAAACGCGAGCGUAAGGGAUGCGAUAGAGCCUCGAGAAGCACGCGAGAGGUUGCUCCCUCUUCAAAGUUGAUGCUUAUAUUGAGGCGCAUAGUGGCUGCCGGCGCUGUAGGACUGGCAGUCGGGGUCGCCUUUGGCGUCGCUGUCCCCUUGACAGCUGCCCUCUCGGCACAUGUUGCGGGGAGUGCCGUUGGCCUCGUUGCUGCUAAGCUUACCGGAGCGUCUGCCGCCGGAGCUGUGAGCGCCGUAGUUGCCGCAGCCUCGGGAAAGACCGCUUUGGCUAUCGGGGCAGCUGCUGGGGGACUUGUCUGCGGUGCAAUGGGAAUCAUGGCUGGCUCCGAAGCAGAGAGUGUGAAAGAGGGAGUUUUGGAUACUCUAGUGCAGGUUGGUAGUGUUGGAGGUGUUGCUCUCGCGGCUUCCGUAGUUGUGGGGGCUUCCUUGGGCACAGGGGCGGCUCUGAGUGCUGGGACUGGCGCAGGUGCAGCCAACAGUGGAACAGGCACAACUUCUGCGCCCGUAAAUACUGUUGCAGAUGCAGUGGUUGCGAUUGCGAAGGUUGCAGGAGUGUUCUUACCUACCAGUGUUGUAGUGAAAGUGGUUGUAGAUAAAACCAAAGACUCACAAAAGUCUACUUAUGAGGUGUCAUGCCAAAAAUGAACACUAAAGCGUUUCUGUGACUGUCUCUAAAAUAUUGUCAAACUAUUGCACAAAAGAUGCAGCCAAAUUAUUUUAAGUCCAGUUUCUUCACAGUACUCUGUACUCUGAUAACCCAUGAUUAAAUAUGGGGGCAUUUAUGUUUUUCUCAUUGUGCCAGAUUGGUUAGGGUUUAAAAUAAUCCAUUUUAUAUUUUUCUACAUUGCUUUUUUGAAAUAUGAAAAUUGCCUUGAUUUUAGAAAAUGGUGUGUUAUAAAUGUGGCCAAAAAAAUCUGGAGGAUGAUAAAUACCUUUCAGGUAUAGCUGGGCUUUAUAAAAUAAUCUGUUAUCAAAUUAUUCAUUUUGUUUGUAAAGUAACUAAUGAAAUUUCUGUAUUUUUGUUCUUAUUUUCAAGUAGGUUUUGCUUAUUACUGUAAUCCAUCCAUUUUCUGGACCGCUUUAUCCCCACUUGUUUAUUGAAAAUAUUCAUCCCUUUUUUGUGAUGGACUGUAUGAUGCCAAACAAACAAAUAAAUGCACUUUUCAAGACGUCUAA